UAGCAGGCAGCAGGCAGGCGAGCCUUGCUGUUACUCAACCCUCCAUGUUCUAACCGGGCCUUGCGAUUCGGGUCAAGUAAGGUCGAAGGAGACAGGCCAGGCCAUCUCAGGUCCCUCUUAUGCUCCUGUAGGGGUUAUAACACUAUUAUGCAAUGGUGUGACAUUUAAUUUUGUCAACUUUUUCAUAGUGUUGUUGUUAUGAGCAGUUAACCUGCAUGCUUCGACACUGUCUAAAGCGGCUGCCAACACAGCUCCCGAAGACAGGACUCUUUCGUUUGUUGACAUUUUCAACCUUCUUCAACAUUAGCAUGGGACACUAAUAGGCACAAGCCGCUAUGGAAUCACAAUGAGAUUGUGGGACCUGCAUCUCUAUGUCAACAUGAUCAUCCGCAAGUCUGCCAGCAGAGAAUGCACAUAGGUCCCCUCGCAACAUUAUGCCUCCUCCAAAGAAACCAAAAUCAGGGCCUACAUCUGCUGAGCAGUUUUUAUCCAAAGAGGAGCUUUCCAAACUCACCAAUGUUGAGUUGGCGACGGCAGCAUCCACCCCGGCAGCAACACCACCGGCAUCAUCUGGGGAGGAUGAAACACCAACCAAGUCUAAGCAUGGUAGGGAGGGGGUGUCAAAGAAACUGGCCCAUGACAAUAAGGGACAUGUUCAUAUUCUGAAAGAACUUUGUGCAAAACGUGAUGAAUCUGUUAAAGUGGAAUACCUCCCUGAGACCUCCCUUCCUGCAAGGAAAGGGAAAUCUCCACCCCACAAUGCAGAACACCUAGACAACCCCAGACCUGACAAGAAUGCCACGGCAGCUAGCUCAGCCUCAGGAAGGGCCCAAAGGGAAAAGAACUUACAUGAUACCCUUUCUCUCAAAAUGCCCGGCAAAAACAUGCCACCUUUUGGUCAUGUUUUGGCAUCCAAAACUACCGAGGGGCAUUAUAUUCAGGUUCUUGAACGUCAGGGUCAGCAACUUGUCUCAGAGACAGUCAUCACUCAGGUGCAGCACCAGCAUCAGCAGCAGCAGCAUCCUCAGCAGCAGCAGCAGCAGCAGCCAAAUGUUGUCCCUGCAUUCUGUCAGUCGAUGAUCCAACUACCUCCUUCUAAUACCUCAUUGACCAGAUCGUGUACCUCGACUACAUUUUCAGGGGCAAGUGCUCUAGUGAAUCAGCUACCUCCGUACCUACAGGAUAACAGUUCAGUGUGUUCGCCUCACAGCCAGACUACGACCUCCGAGCCUUAUGACUUGUCUCUCAAGAAGGUUUGCGCUCCGUUUGGCCGUGGGGUGGACGUUGACCUCAAGUACCAUCCAGACAUCAGCCCCAGCAGUACCGGCACCUUGCCGGCGGCAGCCUUCGUGGCUUUUGCAGCUACAGGGCAGCAGCAUUCUGCUCUGGGCGACCAUGAUAAACUUCUUUUGACCUCAACAGGUCGUUACCUCAAUAACACUCAAGGGAUUUCAACAAAAUGUACCUCAGAUACAACUCAGUUCCUUCAGGGUGAUGGGAUCCCAGGACUGAAGAGCACCAUGCUCACUCAGGUGACCCCGAAUGUGAUGAGCAUCCUAACAGGGGGCAAACCAACAGUCCUGCUGAGCGACCAGGUCCAGACCUUCCCCGUCGCCCCGCUCUCACGGUCAUCUGUCUCCACAGAUAGUGGCAUUUCCGGCAAGGAGAGUCUACCUGGUAGUCCUCUAGGAGUCAAACGUCGUUGUCUCGAACUCCUGGGGAACCACAUGAAUAGUUUGACUUAUGCGGGAUUUGACACAUUCAACUCAACCUCAUUCACAUCUGACCUAGCCAUCAAACAGAACGUACUACAUGUUAGGGAGUGCAGUGGCACCAAGUCUCCUAAGGAAGAAGGGCGGAUGGUGUCGCCAGGUGCAUGCAUACCGGUGCAGGUGCAGCAUGCACAGAGCAUGUUGCCGGCCGGUGCACACCCACAGGCGCCGACGUCAACCACAACAGAUGGGCUGGACCCAGAGAAAAAGUUUCUGCCACCCAUUGAUCCCCGCACCAACCUUGUUCCGGCACCACACCCUAAACAGGAGAUGCCUUCAGUGAGUGGGACAUCCACCAAGUUGUGCCAGGUGUGUAACGACAACGCAUCCGGCUUCCACUAUGGUGUCUGGUCCUGCGAGGGCUGCAAGGCUUUUUUCAAACGAAGCAUACAAGUUCGUCUUGCAGGUCCCGUGGACUAUGUAUGCCCAGCAACUAACAACUGUACAAUUGACAAACAUCGUCGGAAGAGCUGCCAGGCAUGCCGACUUCGCAAAUGUUAUGAAGUUGGAAUGAACAAAGGGAGUCAGCGCAAAGAAAGGAAGAGCAGUGGAGGCAGCGCAGGGAAGGGGAAACGUUGUCGUGCUGACUCCACCGACGCCGCUAUCAAUUCCACAAGCGGAGGAUCGGCCAAGUGCGCCAAGCGGUCUCGGUGUCACAUGAUUCUAGAGGCGCUGCAGAAAGCUGACCUCCCUGUGCUGGAGAGUUACCACAACCACAACUUGCCACCCACUCGCAUCCAUCUACUGAACACACUCGUCAAGCUGGCGGACAGAGAACUAGUCUACUUGAUAAACUGGGCCAAGCACGUCCCAGGCUACACAGAUCUGUCGCUGAGUGACCAAGUGCACCUGAUAGAGUGCUGCUGGAUGGAGCUACUUCUCCUUAACUGUGCAUUUCGAUCAAUGGACCACGAGGGCAAGAGGCUAGUGUUUGCCCCGGACUUCCAUUUAGAUCGCCACCACUGGAACAUCACGGGGAUGACGGAGAUCCUGGAGCAGGUGGCCGCGGUGUCUGAGCAGAUGGUGCAAUAUAGUGUAGGCAAAGAGGAGCUGCUGCUACUCCAAGCUACAGUAUUAGUCAAUGCAGAAGUGCGACGGCUGGCGAGUUUUAGCAAGAUCCAAGAAAUGCGUCAGCUAAUUGUGGGGGCGUUGAUGGAGGUUGUGCAGAAAUACCACGCGGACGACGUCCAGCACUUCGCCUCCAUGCUGCUGCUCCUAACCCACAUCCGACAGGCGGGCGAGCGCGGCAUCGCGUGCUUCCAGCAGCUGAAGCGAGAGGGCUGCGUUACAUUCUGUGAUCUGCUCACCGAGAUGCUCGAGGCCCACAAUUCCACAGCGGAGAGAAAGCAAGAACUGGAACAACUUGACUGAUGCAUGUAGAAUGUGAUGCAGUCACUUCCUCCCAGCCACACUAGUGAUGCAUUAUGGGAACGUAGCUGAAAUGCAUCCUGGGAGUGUGUGAUAACGUGCAUCUUGAUCCAAAGAGCAAGCUAAUUUCAGUGAUAAAGUUUUGUAUGAUAGUGACUGUGCUACAGUUCGUUGGAGAGAUUGUGGACGACUUCUAUUUUUAAGUAAUAAUGUGAUUUUUUUUUUUUUUUGAGGUAAUGAUAUUGUUUUGCAUAUGGCACCAAGUGCAUUGUUAAUACUACGCUGUGUUGUGCGGGAAUUGUAGGUGGCGCUCGUCCCUGCCUGCCUUCCAUCUUAUUGAACUUGUUGUGUAUAAUCUGGCUGUAAGCUUCACUACUACGUCAUGUCAUCAAUGUGCUUGUUAGUUCUGUGUUCCGAGGGCCUCUAAGUGUCCCUCUUGCAUCUCCUAUGCAUCCAUGCUCAUCACCAUCACGUCAUCGUCACGUAACUUCAUGGCCACAGCCGCUUCAUCAACCAUCUGCCAUCAUGCAUUUAAUAUUUCUUGUAUUGUGCUGUCUUGUUCUAGACCCGUCACCAAGUGACAAUAUAAUAUAUGUAUAAAGCUGUUUGUAUGAUAAGAAUCAACAUCUUGACGUGAUGUAAGCACAUGAAUUGUUUCACCCUCCUCAACGUUCCCUGUCAUGGCCGAUCACCUUUGUGUCGCAAUCCCACCAUUUUAAGUACCAUAAUUAUUCUAGUAAUUCAGACAGAAAAUAAAUUAUAUUUCAUGUAUGCGCAUAAUAAAUGUGGAAAUUAUUACUUGGAAAACAGAUUUAAUGUCAAGAUUGACAUGAAGAAUUGCCUUUUGUCAAGGAUGCAAAAUUUUAAGUAAACCUUGAUGAAAUAUUUCAUGGUUUUGCGGUUUGAAUAAUUAUGGUAACAUGAAAUCGGUUUCAUCCUGUAUGAAUAUUGUUAAAUGGUUUUAUCUUCAGAUUGAGAGGAGCUACCAAUUGCCCAGAAUUAAAUGUGUUUGUAUUAUUAGAAUAAUUACAUGGUGUAGCAGCCGACGGACUAUGCUGCCCUUUGUGUGUGUUGACACACAGACAGGUUGAAGGUCACCAGUGUGUAUCUAAUACAUACAGCAAUGACCUGCAAGGUCGCGAAUAGUCUAGGUCACCAGAGGAUGGAGGACUGUCCUGAAACUAAGUAACUAUUUUUGUAUGAAUAAGUGAAGAGAAAGUAUUUCAAAAUAUUGAUGUUAAGGUGGCUACAUUUAGACAUAUAUUUAACAACUUUUAUAUACUACUCAAAAGAAGUAAAAGAACACCCCAUUCUUUCAUAUUACUUCAUUUAGUCUGUGAUGGCAGAGAGGGGGCGGUCGGGUAGCCUUGUGGUUAGAGCGUUCGCUCGUCACGCCAAAAACCCUGGUUCAAUUCCAGACAUGGGUACAAUGACGUAAAACCAUACUCACUCACUCAGUUUUGCAUUUCUUACUAUAUUAUGCAAAUGAAGUAAGAAAUGUGAAACUGAAUGUUUAACUUUAACUCAACUUUUGUACACAAAAGCCUGUGGCCUAUAUGUAUUGGAAAUAAAAUGAUUGAUUGACUCACUCACUCACUCACUGUGAUAGCAGAUUAACUGUAGUGAUUUGAAGGAAACGAGUGUUCUUUAACUUCUUUUGAGUAGUAUAUAUAAGGUAGUCAGGGUGUUUUCACCUUUCUCAGUGCAGUAGUGUAUGAUAUAUAUAUAUAUAUAUAUCUAUAUUUAAUGACCUUUAACCUGUCUCUGUGUCUGUACACUCAUACUGAUGAGGGUGCUGAUUUUGAGGUGCUAAUGCUUCUCGCUCACUGUGUAUCAUUUGGUGGAAUUACUCUAGUGAUGACUGCUUCUAACAAUAAGAGCAGAUGCGCCAUGCAAUUGUUGAAUGUGUGACUUUCAGAAUACCAGUUGAAAUAAUACCUGCGUCACUGGAUGUUUCCAUUUAAACUAAAGCUUUGGGGAUCACACGAGCUGUUCCGAUGAUAUAAGAUAUGGUUUCAGGAAAGUAGUAUGUGUCCAGCCAAAGUGGGAGGUGGGACUAUGUUGGGUUGAGGAGCGUAACAGGAAGCAUCUCUCGCGUGUAGCAAACAUCAUCAGGCCAAUCUUUUAUUAAUACACGGAUUACAGACCCCUGGAUUUUGUUGUUGGGGUGACAAAUAAUUAAAUAUGAUAGGGACCAAAAUAGCUGUUGACAAAGUUGUUAUGUAUAUUUUUUAGAUGCAUUUCGAUGCAGAACGAUCAUUUUCUUUUUGUCCAAAGUUUUUCAAAUGAAUCUCACAGCCAUACCUCAUCUUGAGGUUACAAUUUUUUUUAUGAAGUCAGCAUAAUCCAAGUUAUGAAAAAAAGGUUGGCCUAAUGCUUUACUGGAAUGUUCCCAACAUGACAAAGGGUCCCUUGUAAGCAGAAAAUAGGAAUGCCCCAUGUAACACUGGGAGUGUGUGCCCUAAUGCAAGCAGAGUAACUGGAGUGACACGGUCGUAGUGCUAAGUUUGCUGGUGGUCUGUAGCCCCUUGCACCAGCAUGUAUCGAAAGUAACAAUGAGUUGUUAGGGAGAUAUAUUGCUUAUUUGUUUUGUGAAGGCUACUUCUCUCCGUUUUGACAAAACAAUUUGUGGUUGUCUGUAGAAAAGAAACACAAUGGAGAUACAAAUCAAAAUUUUUGUUGUCUUUCGAAAGAAAAUAUGGAAGUUUUUAUGAGUGAUCUAUUUAGUAUUUAUGGCCUGUAGAGUUUUACAAAAACUUGGGCAGUAUUAAGUCCUUGAGUAGAAUGUCCACAUUUAUUGUUACUGAAAAUGAAAUGGCACAUGGACACGGGUGAUACCUGCAAGAAAUCAAGUAAUUCUUUGAAGACAAAAGUGCUUUUCCAGAUGCUUGUUCGUAUAGUGCUACUGAGAGAAGUGUUGUCCUGCUCUCGACACUGAGUUGUUUACGCACCAGCUGCGUUAAAUGUAACCAUGUAAUCCAAAAUGUUAUAAUACAUAUUUUUUCUAUAGAUAAUACAAUUUUAGAAAUCCCACAUUCCCCCUCUGCUGUUUUGGGGUUCAUUUGCCCACAUUGUAGUGUUCCUACACAUGGUAGAGAUGAAUACCAAGGGGAUCUUCUUCAUCAUGGUAUGCCUAGUCCAAACUGUAUCAAAAACCUAGACAGUAUGCUUAUAUCUAUAACUGUAGGUUUAUUAGAUAGUUAAAGCAUAUGAUGACCCUUCUCAAUUUAUUUGAGCAAUUUAAGUGUUGUUUUUCCAAGGUAAAUUUGUUAACAUUUAUUGAAUUUUGAAUUUUUGAAAUGAUAAUACCUUGUUAAAGUUCCGGACUUGCAUUUUAUGUUUGGAAUAAGAUAAACACUUCUGUCUCACAUAUACAUCAGUACCAAGCAGUAAGUUUGAUAACAUAGAGUGCUGCCAUUUUUCAGUCAUUUAUAGUGUGUGUUUGGUUUCAUCUGUACAAGUCACUUCAUAUUUGGAACAUUUAGCCAACAAUUUUUUGUGAUUGGAAAUUAUUCUUGAUCAUGGUUAUCUGUAUAACUGAAGUAAAUGAAUGAUGUAUUGGGAUGGAAAAUGUUCCAGUUUGAAGUGAAGCUUGUUCUGUAGGGAAUAGGAUGGAAGUAGUCUGCCCUGGGUAUCAUCAUAGACGAUGAGUCGUUUGUAACAUGGACGCUCUGUGAACUACCAAUAAGGAAGGAUUUUUACUUCUUUAAAAAUCUUUAAUGAACUAUUUAUAAUGAUGGCGAAUCUAGUAUUGAUUGGAGCCCACUAGAUUUUGUUACAAUCUGAUUUCAUUCACACUAGCAGUCGAUACUAGUAGACUAUUGGGCUGUGAAGUAGGGGAGACAACUCUGUAUUGAUAUCACUAACCUUAGAAUGAAUUAAGUUCAACUUAUUACAACAUGCUGCCAUAUUUAUUAUAAUUGCUGCUAACUUGUUUGGCGUAUUCUGUCUUUAAUUUGUGGUAACCUUAGUAAAGUACCUCGUCAUGGAGCGUGUUAGUAUCAUCCCAGAGUAUGCAUAUAGGCAAGGAUGUGGAUGUUUUAUCCUCGGGAUGUGGCCAUUUAUUUACAUCACCCUUUUUCAUGAUUUUUUAAAGGAAUUUAUAUUCUAUCUUUUGUAAUUUUGACAGUUGUGCAUUUAGAGAGUAUUAUACUUCCUGUUAUUGAACAGAAUGUGCAUUGGUGUUUUUUAAAAAUUAAUUCUUUAUUUAAUAUUGCAAGAAUUGUUAUUGUUAUGCAUUUAGAGAAUGUUAAGUUUGUAGAAAAGAAUUGUGUUUUCUUUCAGUAAACACUUCCAUGGUAAUAGGUAUUUUGAUUGAAAUUUUAACAAAGAAACAUAAAUAUAAAUGUUUUUACAGAGGUGACACGAGAAAUGACAUGAGAAAGAUUCAGUGAGUUGUAUCUGAAGCUAUGUGAUGAACACUGGACGUGUCGGGAGAGUAACUUUGACAACUGUUUGGAGAAAAGUAAAAUAAUAUGUGUUAAAACAUGGCAGAUGAGGCUACCCAAGAAUACAUCUUUUAUCCAGCAAUACCUGCAUCAUCAACUCAUCAGUUGCCUAGCAACAAUAUAUAUUUUUGUUAAGCUGAAGGGGUAUUAUUACAAUAUUGGAUAAUUUUUAAAUGACAACUAAGUGUGCAGCCAUGGCAUAGAGUUUUAAACUUUUGUCCUGUUUAACAGGGGCUGACUGUCAAUGGAAUGUGUUAACAUUUCAGAAUAAUAUCGGGCUUUUUGAACAGCUUUAUUAGCUUUUUACAAUGGUUUCUGUGAGAUUUUUUAAAUUCUGUUUCUUGGUUUUUAGCAUGACAUGGCUACCUUCCACACAGCUCCUCCAUGCUAGGAUUUCGGUCUCGGCACUGAGAUGGUCUCACUGCUAAUAUUGCUUUGUGGAAGAUUAGUCACGUCAUCACCAAGUGUCUAACAUGGCCCCACGUCUUGAGUUAUUUAUCACCAAGCCACGCUUCUUGUCCUAGGUUGCCGUGAGGAGAUAACGGUGUAUCGACCGGUCAUAUCAAACAGUUAUUCAUUUGUGCUGUUUGGCCUCAUUUUUUGCUAGGUUUUGUCAUCAGUUUCAUUUUGUGGCAAAGCAGGGUUUCAAAGAGUCGAAAAACUCUUUUAAAUCUUUUCAUCAUGGGUCAUGGUUUUUUAAUUUACCUGAUAAAUAAAAUAUCUGAUCAGAUUGAUUUUAUACAUUUACAGUUAUUUAUAUACAUUUUGAAAAACCUAGGUGAUAUCUUGCGUGACAAAUACUGACUUUUUUACUCAGUCCAAGUGUGACCCGUCUAGAUAUUCCUUAACCUUUAUUUUCGUAAAUUAUUUUCCAAACAUCACCAAGAAAGACUACAUUUCAACAAUGUGCAACAUGUCUGUCGAGCAGUACUUUUCUUCAUAAUGUCUCUGCGUGUGGUUUCACCAUGUUCUGUACAUACAUACACUGUAAUGGCAUUUGCAGGACUUGUUGUUCCAGUUGCCAAAGAUAUGAUCUAGGGCAGAAGAACAAUAAAUGUAUUUUACUGCUUAGACAAUGCAACUUACCUAUCUGUCACAGUUGAAACGUUGUACCCUGGUUUUUUAACAUACCCAUGUACAGAGCUUAGCUUUGUCGUCUGGCACCAUAGUCUUCAGUCUGGUAACCAUGGCAGCAAGUGCUGGCAGUGAAACAUGCCAUGAGGUGUUUUCGUGGUUGAGAGUUCACCAUUAUGAAUACUUACAUUAACCCUUUCAAAUCUUAUUACAUUGAUGUCUUUAUAAGUAUAACGAUUUGUUUAUCCACUUGAAACUGAAAGUGUUUUGUAAUGUAAUGGAUGCAGGACGAUUAUGGUUAAAACCUAUGAGUUAUUUUUGUGAUGCAAGUCAGUCAUCUUAGGUGACAAUAAGUCUCUGAUUUCAGUAGUUAUAAAUUGAAAUUGUGAUAUUACAUGGAUGUAGGUUUAUGUUAACAAAGAGAAUGCUCAAAGCAUGCUCGUAUCCCUGGUAGGAGAACUAGCAAGCUCCUAAGUUCAGGGUUUUGGUGUAGGAGCAAACGAAAGAUGACACAGAUCACCAGCUAGCAGUUUCAUCAACAUCUGUCUCCAGCAUAAUUCCAGUUCUCUUUUAACAUGGCAUUUCUUAACUGUUAUGAAACAUAUUGUGUUGUACUUUUGGCGCUAUGUUAUAAUAACAGGUUAUUUUUAUCAUCUUAACAGAUACAAAUUAAGAUUUGAUGUCCUCAAGCUUGUGUAGAAUACAUUGGAGUGAAGCCCUAUUGAAUCAUAUGUAUAGGAAAUAGUCUCUUGAAAUCUUUAUGAAUAUAACCAGAAUCUCCUCUGCCAGCAGUUAUACUCUACAUGCCAUUUGAAGUACUCAUUUCCUGCAUGUGAAGCAUGCUUCCCCUGCCUGCACAGGUUGCCAUGACUACGAGACUGCCGCACACUGCCCCCACCACCAACCACUUUGGGGGUCAGGCAGCUCCCUACCCCCAUGUCAGGGCAGCCCCAUACCCCCAUCCUAGGGAUGCUCUUAUUGUGGUAUCGUAUUCUCAGCAACAGCUACAUUCCUUGCUGUUGACCAGACUGGAUUUAUAGUGGCCACCGGCGCCAACUAAUGGUCAGACUAGACAUCUUAUAGUAGCCCUUUGUGCCAACUAACUGUCUGACUGGACAUCUUUUAGUAGCUGCUGGCGCCAACUAAUGCUCUGACUAAACAUCUUAUUGUGGCUGCCGGUACCAACUAACGGUCUGACUGGACAUCUUAUAGUAGCCGCUUUUGCCAAUUAAUGGUCAGUUUGGACUAUUUAUAGUUCCCUCUGGCGCCAACUAACAGUCAGGCAGAAAAAAUUAUCUUAGCUGCUGGAACCAACUAACAGUCAGACUGGAAACAGACAGUGGCCGCAGGUGACAACUAACUGUCAGAUCUUACAGGCAGAGCUAUCAAUUUCUCUGUUUUCUUAUAGUGGCCGCUGGCAUUGACUUAUGGGGACUGGAUGUCUGGAGUGGGCACAGGUGCCAAUCAGUGUUCAGGAUUGACAUCUUACGGUUGGCGCCAACUAAUGGUCUGACUGAAUAUCUUAUAGUGGCCAUCGGCGCCAGCUUAUGGUCUGACUGGACAUCAUAUAGUAGCCAGUGGCAACAACUAAUGAUCUGGCUGAACAUCUCAUAGUGGCCACCGACACCAACUAAUGCUCUGAAUGAACGUCGUACAGUGACCAUUGGCACCAACUAAUGGUCUGACUGAAUGUCUUAUAGUGGCCAUCAGCACCAACUACUGGUCCAACUUGACAUCUUAUAGUGGCUGCCGGCGCCAACUAAUGGUCUGACUGAACGUCUUAUAGUGGUCAUGAGCACCAACUAAUGGUCUAACUUGACAUCUUAUAGUGGCUGCCGGCGUCAACUAGUGGUCUGACUGAAUGUCUUAUAGUGGCAAUCGGCACCAACUAAUGGUCUAAUUUGACAUCUUACAGUGGCUGCUGGCGCCAAAUCAUGGUCUGACUUGACAUCUUAUAGUGACUGCCAGCGCCAACUAAUGGUCUGACUGAACGUCUUAUAGUGGCCAUCGGCACCAACUAAUGGUCUGACUGAACAUCUUAUUGGCAGAUCUAUCAAUGUCUUUUUUGCUCUUAAACAUGUCUUGAAAUCAAACUAAAUCCUUUACGAACAUGUUGUACAAGUUUAUUUCAUCUUUAUCAGUAACAAUGACUGUAAAAUUAAAAUUAAUGAAACUGC